AUGCACGUAUGCACUGCUCUCGCCGUCUUGAUCUCUAUGGCCUGGAUCUCUUCGGCGUCGCUAGUAAGGCGCGCGUACGGAACCCACGACUACUAUGUUGUCGAACAUGAUCCGAGGCAAGGUGUAGACCUGGAAGUCUCUUUGCUGGCUUUGGGACUGCAGUUGGUGGAGCCUGUUGGCGCACUGGCGAACCAUUGGUUGACCCGCCGCCCGAAGACGGAGCCCUCCACAUCCGAGACACCAGAGAGUCUCUGGCGAAGACUGCAAAGUCGUGCCGCUGGCUAUCCCAGGCGUGACGGAGUUAUGGCAGCGAGUAUUCUGUCGGUCUCGCUUCAAACCCCCCAUUGGCGGACGAAGAGAGCCCUGCCGCCUCUGAUGGACUCGUUCAACCCGGAAUCUAUCGGGUCUAUCGCCCUUCACUUUGGCAUCGAAGAUCCCAACUUCUCUGACCAGUGGCAUCUGGUGAAUGAAGAGGCUCCGGAGCAUUCCAUGAAUGCGACCGGUAUCUGGGAUAUAGGCGUCACCGGGCAGGGCGUCACCACUGCUCUCAUUGACGAUGGACUGGACUUCGAGAGCAACGAUCUGGCAGCCAACUUUGAUGCGCUCGGAUCGUAUGAUUUCAACGAUCAAGAGGAUCUUCCUAAACCGAAGAAGUGGGACGAUACACAUGGAACAAGAUGUGCGGGACAGAUCGCUGCCGGGAAGAACGACGUUUGUGGGGUUGGAAUCGCAUACAACUCGAAGGUCGCCGGUCUUCGCAUUCUCUCGGGACCUAUCACCGACGCCGACGAAGCGGCUGCACUGAAUUAUGGUUAUCAAAACACCUCUAUAUACAGUUGUAGCUGGGGUCCUCCGGACGACGGCGUACACAUGGAUGCGCCGCCCUACCUCGUGGAGAAAGCCGUGGUGAAUGGUAUUACUCAUGGACGCGGCGGUCGAGGCUCUGUGUACGUAUAUGCGAGCGGCAAUGGCGCCGCUUCUGGUGAUCAAUGCAACUUUGACGGAUACACGAACAGUAUAUUCACCAUCACCGUUGCUGGAAUAGAUCGUGAUGGCGGGCAUCCGUACUACUCUGAAUCCUGUGCAGCCAACUUGGUCGUUGCUUAUACAUCCGGUUCCGGUGCUGCCAUCACCACUACCGAUGUCGGUAAAGACAAGUGCUCGCAUUCACACGGUGGCACCUCUGCGGCUGCUCCGAAUGUAGCUGGCGUGAUUGCGUUGGCACUCUCUACCCGGCCAGAAUUGACCUGGCGGGAUCUGCAGCAUCUUGCCGUCGCAACAGCCGCUAUCGUCAGUCCAGAUGAUCCAGACUGGGAGGUGACAUCGACAGGCCGCCUGUACAGCUACAAAUACGGUUUUGGGAAAAUGGAUGCCUACAGAUACGUGACUGCCGCGAUGAACUGGACCCCAGUGAAACCGCAAGCAUGGCUGGAGGUUCCGCCCCUCCGCAUGAACAACGGGACGAUGGACGAGGGGAAGCGCAUGUCGGGAGGCGCUUCUAUACCUCUUGGUGGAAUUACCAGUUCUACCACCAUCACGGCCGACAUGAUGAAGUCGAACAACCUAGAGGCACUCGAGCAUGUGACGGUUCGCGUGUGGGUCGCCCAUGAUCGCAGAGGCGAUGUCGAAGUCGAGUUGAUUAGUCCGAAUGGCGUCAAGAGUGUACUCGCUGCAACGCGGCCUCGCGACAUCUCAGACUCGGGGUUUCCGGGAUGGCGUUUCAUGUCCGUUAAGCACUGGGGUGAAGAUCCGCUGGGAGACUGGACGAUUAGAGUUUCUGAUCAAGCCGACGAGGACCUCAACGGAUACUUUCUGGGAUGGAAUCUGGUGCUUUGGGGGUCUACAAUCGAUCCUGGCUUCGCAAAACCCUACGAGGUCAAUCCCUCAGCGACGAUCCUGGCUGAGAGUUCUCCCCCUGUUCGACCCUCCAUCGUCAUGUCAAUAUCCACAACACAGCAUUCGAAUCCGACGGCUGUCCUCCCGAAUGACCACAAUGACGCAGCAGCGGAGACGGAGUCCCCAGCUCUCCAGAAUCAAGCCAGUCCAAGCACUGAAACGAUGACGAAUAUGUCGGUGGACCACAUUCCAGGUUCGAGAUGGGUGGUUGGACUGGUGCUGAUUGCAAUACUGCUCGGUGCUUUGCUGUGCGCAUUCUGCAGACGCCGACAACGAUCAAAUAUCUACUUGUCUUUAGACACUGAUGACGCAGUUGGGAUGUCCACGAUGGCGGAUGACAGCGUAUCGGGCGCGAUUGGGCACCAGGAACGGUAUCAUAUCAUCGGAGAAUCCGACGAUGAAGACCUGCCCCGAAGUACAGCAUCGCAUGCAAUAACUACGGAGUUGCAAAGGGCGCAUCAGCAACUCCUUGCGCAGGCAUGA